AUGACGCAAGAGCGCCGUCCUCUCGGGAGCGCGCAGUACGCCAGUAGUCAGUCAAACGUGCUGAUUUGAUGAUCCUGAAACCGGAGCGAUAAACAGACCGGAUUCCAGCAGAGCACCUGAAAGCCGGUCUCCGGCGGGCCCGAGACAGCAGUCAGGAGAUCGCCAUAUUUGUCAUGACACUGUUCUGUAUUAAUCAAACUUCAUUUAUUUUGGAUUACAGCAGAGGAACGUUAAUUUUUCAUACGCUGUCAGAUGGUUUAGUACAGCGGUUUUCAUUACGUCUGUGUAAAUCGUUCCUCCAACGUCUUUGCUGACGAGUCAGAAACCAGAUUCAAAAGCUGAUCUGAGCAAAAAUAAGCCCUUUUUAGGGUAUAUUUUCUCUUUUCUCACACCGCACCAAAUGCACAUCUACCUCCAUACACUGUCAAAUCUAUAAAUCUGCUAUUAAAAUUAAGCAAUAUCAAACCCAGUGACUAAAUAAUCCAUAGAAGCGUCAUUCACACACACACUGUCUCCAUGGCGAUGCAUGGGCCCGUGUCGUCCCCUCCGCGCGCCGUGAGCUGAGUGUGGAGCGGCCGCCGCCGCAGGACCCCGGAGCCGCCGCCCUGUCGGACCCCCAGCAGCCGCGGGAAGCCAUGGCCUCGUCCGUGCGCUUCACCGUCACGCCCAUCAAAGCCGAGGACCUGCCGGACACGUCUCCGGACGUCAGCUCGCGCUCCAGCGCCAGGGUCCGCUUCGGCUCCCGGGAGAGCGUCAACCGCAGCGAGCCAUACAGCGAGGCGUCCGGAGGGUUCACGACCUCUGCAGGGGGCGACACGCCGGACCGCAGUAACCUCGAACAUGGUGACGGCGUGAAGCUGUCCAACGUCUACAUCAAUAACUCUCAUGCCAUCGAUGAUGAUGAUUUCUACGACAGGAAUCUGGCUCUGUUUGAGGAGGAGAUGGACACUCGUCCCAAGGUGUCGUCUCUGCUCAACCGUCUGGCCAACUACACAAACCUCACGCAGGGCGCCAAAGAGCACGAGGAGGCCGAGAGCAUCGGCGAGAAGCGCAAGCCCAGCAAGUCUCCUCAGAUGGGCACCUUCAUGGGCGUGUACCUGCCGUGCCUGCAGAACAUCUUCGGCGUGAUCCUCUUCCUCAGGCUGACGUGGGUCGUGGGGACGGCCGGAGUCCUUCAGGCGAUGUGUAUCGUCUUCAUCUGCUGCUGCUGCACGCUGCUGACAGCCAUAUCUAUGAGUGCCAUCGCUACCAAUGGAGUCGUGCCAGCGGGGGGGUCGUACUUUAUGAUCUCCCGUUCACUGGGGCCCGAGUUCGGAGGGGCCGUGGGCUCCUGUUUCUAUUUGGGUACGACCUUCGCGGGGUCCAUGUACAUCCUCGGUGCCAUCGAGAUCCUGCUGAUGUAUAUCGCUCCCGGGGCCGCCAUCUUCGUCUCGGACACUCCUGACGGCGAGGCCGCGGCCAUGUUGAAUAACAUGCGCGUGUACGGCUCCAUCUUCUUACUGCUGAUGUCGCUGCUGGUGUUCGUGGGAGUCAAGUACGUCAACAAGCUGGCGUCGGUGUUUCUGGCCUGCGUCAUCGUGUCCAUCCUCUCCAUCUACACCGGAGCGCUGGUGUCCGCCUUCAGCCCGCCGGCCUUCCCUGUGUGCAUGCUGGGAGACAGAAGCCUCUCUCAACACGAGCUGAAGGACGGUCAAUGCGCCAAGACCCUGCUGAUGCCGCCGGAUCCGCUGCCGCAGGAAACCGCUAACGUCAGCGAGAGCUUCAACGGCACAGACGCUCCUCCCGUCACUGCGGCCGCGCUGGAGAAGACCACCAAACUGUGGUCGUACUUCUGCAACAGCUCCGAGCUGAACGCCGUGUGCGACGACUACUUCCUCCACAACAACGUCACGCAGAUACCGGGAAUCCCGGGACUCGCUAGCGGCGUGAUCACAGAGAACCUCUGGAGCUCGUACUCUGCUAAAGGAGACGUUUUGGAGCGCGGCUCACAUCGCUCCGCCCACACGCCCGCCGUGUCCAAUCAUUACCCUUAUGUGUUUGCUGACAUCACCACCUCCUUCACGCUGUUGGUUGGGAUUUUCUUUCCGUCUGUGACUGGAAUCAUGGCGGGAUCGAACCGCUCUGGAGAUCUGAAGGACGCGCAGCGCUCCAUUCCCAUCGGCACGAUCCUCGCCAUCCUCACCACCUCCCUCGUCUACCUGAGCUGUGUGCUGCUGUUUGGAGCCUGUGUGGAGGGCGUCGUUCUUCGAGACAAGUUUGGAGACUCGGUGAAAGGAAACCUGGUGGUCGGCACGCUCUCGUGGCCCUCGCCAUGGGUGAUUGUGAUUGGCUCGUUUUUCUCCACGUGUGGCGCCGGCCUCCAAUCGCUGACCGGAGCUCCUCGCCUGCUGCAGGCCAUCGCUAAAGACAACAUCAUUCCUUUCCUGAGGGUGUUCGGUCACGGGAAAGCCAACGGAGAGCCGACAUGGGCUCUUCUGCUGACUGCGGUUCUGGCUGAGCUGGGGAUCCUGAUCGCGUCGCUGGACCUCGUCGCUCCCAUACUGUCCAUGUUCUUCCUGAUGUGUUAUCUGUUCGUGAAUCUGGCCUGCGCUCUGCAGACGCUGCUCAGGACGCCCAACUGGAGACCUCGAUUCUCCUACUACCACUGGACAUUGUCGUUUCUAGGCAUGACGAUCUGUCUGGCUCUCAUGUUCAUAUCGUCAUGGUACUACGCUAUCGUCGCCAUGGUGAUCGCCGGAAUGAUCUACAAAUACAUCGAGUAUCACGGAGCAGAGAAGGAGUGGGGCGACGGCAUCAGAGGUCUGUCUCUCAGCGCGGCCCGCUUCGCUCUGCUCCGGCUGGAGGAGGGACCGCCGCACACCAAGAACUGGAGGCCGCAGCUGCUGGUGUUGCUGAAGCUCGAUGAAGACGCUCACGUCAAAUCUCCACGUCUGCUGACGUUUGCGUCUCAGCUGAAAGCAGGGAAAGGUUUGACCAUCGUGGGAACCGUCAUCCCGGGAAACUUCCUGCAGACCUACGGCGAGGCUCUGGCUGCCGAGCAGACUCUCAAGCUUCUGAUGGAGAAGGAGCGCGUCAAGGGUUUCGUCCAGUGCAUCGUGGCCCAGAAGCCCCGCGAGGGCAUCAGUCACAUGAUCCAGUCCAGCGGGUUGGGCGGCAUGCGGCACAACACUGUGGUCAUGGGCUGGCCGCACGCCUGGAGACAGAGCGAAGACCCGCAGAGCUGGAAAACCUUCAUCAACACGGUGCGCGUCACCACAACAGCUCAUUUGGCUCUGCUGGUGCCCAAAAACAUCUCUCUGUUUCCAAGCAACAGCGAGCCGUGUACGGAGGGCUUCAUCGACGUGUGGUGGAUCGUCCAUGAUGGCGGGAUGCUGAUGCUGCUGCCCUUCCUGCUCAAACAGCACAAGGUGUGGCGGAAGUGCUCCAUGCGCAUCUUCACCGUGGCUCAGAUGGAAGACAACUCCAUCCAGAUGAAGAAAGACCUGGCCACGUUCCUCUACCACCUGCGGAUCGAUGCUCACGUGGAGGUCGUGGAGAUGCACGACAGCGACAUCAGCGCGUACACGUACGAGAGGACGCUGAUGAUGGAGCAGAGGUCGCAGAUGCUCCGGCAGAUGCGUCUGUCCAAGUCGGAUCGGGAGAGAGAGGCGCAGCUGAUCAAAGACAGGAACUCGAUGCUGCGUCUGACCAGCAUUGGCUCUGACGACGACGACGAGACGGACGGGCUGGACAAGAGUGCGGAUCACCGGCGCGUCCACAUGACCUGGACCAAAGACAAAGCCCUGCAGCUCCUCAGCAACACGCAGACCAACACGGCCUCCUGCUGCAGCACGCCGGAGGGCUUCAGAGACAUGCUGAACAUCCGGCCAGAUCAGUCCAAUGUGCGGCGGAUGCACACCGCUGUCAAACUCAACGAGGUGAUUGUCAAUAAAUCCCAUGAUGCCCGGCUCGUCCUGCUCAACAUGCCCGGGCCGCCCAGGAACACGGAAGGAGACGAGAACUAUAUGGAGUUUCUGGAGGUGUUAACGGAGGGCCUGGAGCGAGUCCUGCUGGUGAGGGGAGGAGGAAGUGAGGUCAUCACCAUCUACUCCUGAUAGCCAGUCAUACGCCAUCUACUGGCAUGAGAGAGCACUCAAAAGGGAAGCGUGGCCAGUUGAAUAUGUUUCAUUUGCCUAACUCAUGUGUUUUAUGAUUAUCAUUGACUGUGUCUCCGAGAAUCUGCCAGCCGUCUCGCCUGCGCGGUAACAAUUCGAUUUUAGUUUGCGCCACCACAACCAUUCGACAGCGUCUAACCCACAGCGGCGGUAUCUGUGCACACAUAUCAUGUCAUGAAACCACAGCUCCUUCAGGACCAUCAUCGUUCACGUGCAUGUGAUGGACCAAUCGGUGGAGAGCGCGAGCACACGCAUCACACGUGUGUUCGUCAGACUGACUCAGGGCUAAAGCGUUUGAUACUGGACCUAGUGUGUGUGUGUGUGUGUGUGUGUGUGCACUGAAGGUUUCGAGAAGAGCGAGUGAAAUACACUUUAAAUGGGGUUGCCGAUUAUUAUGUGAUCCUGCUCAUUUCACAUUUGUUCUGCAUGGAAAACCUGAAUGCGAAUCAAUGUUGUACAAACAGGAGAUCACCGUAGCAAUACGUUCAUCACGCGCGUUCAUGUUUCCUGUGGAUUUGGAUGUUUAAAUGUUCAUACAGAUUUGAAACUGCGUCGCCUCUGCUUUAAAUCCCUGAAAUGAUUGUGUUUUUGUGUCCUGCUUUAUUUGUGGAGGGUUUUAUGCGUUGUUUUUUGUUGUUCUUGUUGAAUUUUUAUCAUCAGUUGCUUAUAUCUUUAUGUGCAGGGAUUGUGAUUUUGUUUUUGUCAGAUUGUCAUUUUUCAAUCUCAAGUGUUAUCUGCUAUUUCUAUCACGUUCAGUAAUAAAAUGACAGUAAUACAUCCUCUUUUAAAAAUGAAAA